AUGUCUCGAAUAUUUGUUUAUGUUACAGCUUUAGAAUAUAAUAAUUAUUUAAAGAAAGUAAUGAGUUAUAAUAUUCAAUUCAAAUAUACAGAGUAUGCAACGUUAGAUUAG